AUGAACAUGGAGAACAUCAGCAGUGCCCUCGGCGAAGAUGAGGCCUUUCUGCAUGAGUAUGCGGAAGAAGAGGCCGCCCGGUGGACGAUUAAGGUCGUCUUCUGCACCUUGUACUUCUUGUUAUUUUUAUUCGGAACUAUCGGAAAUGGGUAAGUAUCCGCCGCUUAACGUCACAGUAAAGUCUUCAUAAAUCAUCCCGUUAAUCUCAAUUUAAGCUAUUGACGUUCUAAGAAAACGUUUUUUAUUUUAAAACUUUAUAAAUUAGCCCAAUCAUUGCGAAGACUAGUGCUAUUAUUUCUGCACUUGCUCUUUGCACUUUGAACUCUUGAGAUGGAAUUGUUUCAGAUGUGUGAUCAUCAUGUUAAUUAACGUCCUCAGUCAGAUGCAUUCUCAUGGGGCCAAUAAACGGAUCAAUUCUUCUGGUACCACGCACGUUUUCAUUUACGUCCUGGGUAAGCAGUUCACGUACAGUGUCGGGCAGGAUGCAGUGCUCAAAAGUGCCUUCCAUUGCCUCACAGAGCCAUUCCGAAUGCAACCAAAUGCCUCACCGAAAAUAACAUUUUCUGGAAGCGAGAGAGAGAGAGAGAGAGAGAGAUAGAGAGAGAUUAUGGUAUUCGGAAUGUCUUGAGGCAAUGGGCGUUGACCUUUGAGAUUUCCUGUGUUCUGAACAUUUGCUAAGAUUUUCAGUUUAAUCAGAUAUCAUAAUACAAACUUCAGGGCUGAGUAUUGUUGAUUUCCUGGUUAUAAUGCAUCUACCUCUGUUAAUCUUUGAUAUCAUUGAGGGCCAAUGGAUCUUCGGCCUGGUUAUGUGUAAACUGUACUGGAUCGGGGAGAGUGUUAACAAACUUUUGAGUGCCUUCUUGAUGUCUGUCCUCAGUUGGGAUCGGUUUAUGGCUGUCUGUGCACCCAUCAAAUCAUUUCGGUAAGGAAAUGCGAAGAAUAAUAUCAGAAAUGUGCAGAUAUCGGACAAAUAAUGUGGCCAUACUGGUGUUGAUGAUUUGCACAGCAGUAGCAAUGGUAUUGUUGUAUCCGGUAUUAAAAGAGUCGACUGUUCAGAGGGUCGAUAAAUCGACCAUGUUGAAAAUUGAAGAUAACGACUCUCCAGGUAAAAACGUCAUCUCUUUUAGAAUAUAAACUGUUUAUUAUCAAAGUAAUAAUGUAAAGUUCUACUUUCAGGAUCAAAUACCAUCCAGAAAUGUGUCUUUGAGACCAAUACUCCCGCCUUCAUGUUAUAUACAUUUGCGUUUGGAUUUCUGAUGCCGGCCUUAUUGAUUUCUUUCUUUUAUCUGCGUGUAAUACUGUCAUUGCGAGAGAAAACUAAAGGCGUCACCUUGGAUAAAGGUUCAUCAAAUGCCACUCAUCGAUUACACAAAGUUACUCAACGAAUUGUCACAGUAGUUUUAUUUUAUUUCUUCUGUUGGACCCCUUAUUGGAUGCUCAACAUUUUGCUGCAAUUUCAAAUCUUUGUUGUAAGUUUUUGAUUACAAAUUUAUAUCGUUUUAGACCUCCUGGUCGGGGCUUACGUUGAGUUCGGUCUUCUUCGCGGCCCAUCUCUUGGUUUGUUUCAACUCGGCGGCGAAUCCCGUUCUCUACGCUCUCAUUAAUCGAGAGCUCCGUCAACAACAUGUGGCGGCAUUAAUGAAGCGAAGGAAGAGUAAUAAUAUUCUCAAAACGACAUUCUCCAUCGACAAAAUAUCUCAACGUCCAUCGAUGGGAACACCUUAUGUGGGGACUCUGCGAAGACACACGACUGUAUUUGAGAGAGUCUCAUCUCAAUCUUCUUUGGACUCAAAAAUGUUGGUGGCGUUGGAAGCCGCCAAAGCGAGAUGCAGAACCAGCUUGCCUCAGAGCAAAUUACAUGUUUCGUAAGUCACUGAUGUCAUUUAGUGUACUUAUAUGAUGUCAUGUGUCUCUGUUAUAAAAAUUAAUACCCACGAGCUAAAAUCAACCUUUUUUCAGUCUAAAUGGUCUCUGCUCCCUGAUCACUCCAAAAACAGCCUCUACUCUCAAUAAUAACGAUAAUCUUGAACAUCUGAUCAAGUCCACCUACUCUCAGCCGUCGUUAUCAACGGCCACUUCGUCGAUGAAUAGAGAUGAGAGUAUGAUUAUCGACGGAAACAGGGAUGCCUUCUUGUAA